CGAACUUCGAAAAUAUGAUAAAUAAAAUCGAAUUCAUUUGGUGGUCAGUCGGCCUCAAAUAAAUAGACAUUUUAAGCACACAAUUUUGAGCAAUAUGUCGACUCUGAAUGCUGUUCUGCUCUGUUGUGAUAUGCAACCAGGCAUUGUCGAUUUAGUACUAGGUGCUGACACGGCCAACCCUGAACGCGUUUCAUGCAUUGAGAACGUGCGGCGGGCUGUGACUAAGGCGAGGGACGCAGAUGUAAAGGUUAUUUUUAUAAAUGUUGCUGUACCGGGAUACACUGACCAAGAUAGCGUACACAGAAACAAACUGUUCUCAUACUUGCAUAAAAAUGAUACACUCCGUGUAGACAGUACUGAAGCACAGCCUUUAGCUGACUUUAGACCACAGGGGGAUGAGAUACUAAUUACAAAGCAUAGAAUGGGGCCGUUCAGUACCACUGAUGUACUCAGACUCAUUGAGGAGAGUAAGGCCACAAAAGUCUACUUGUGCGGUUUAUCAACUAGUGGAGUUAUUUUGUCAUGUGUGCGAACGCUGGCGGACCUUGAUUAUGAGAUUGUUGUAUUAGAUGAUGCUUGUGGGGAUAAAGAUGACGAAGUGCACCGUGUGUUGACCCAGAAGAUAUUCCCGGUGCAAGCGGACGUAAAGAAAGUUGCUGACGCCUUCGCGUCAUCAUAGAGGAUGAAUUUAUGUGUGGACGAACCUUCGAUCGCUAUUUUUGAGUUACUACAUACAAUUUUUUUGGCAGACAUUUGUAAGAGCUAGUAAGUGGUUCAGAAAACCAUAGUAUCUGUGCAUGUCGAAAGCCGAACUUGCUUUGUAUGAUUAAGUUCGCUUGUAUAUAAAAGCAUACUCACGAAUACUUAAUCUACUGGUCUAUCAGUGCAUGAAGCAAAUACAAUGAAU